UGUUGCACGCCCCCCUCACUCUGACGCAGAGGAACGCAGACUGCGCGCUUUAGUUCAAUCCGGCUGUUCUGCUCCAUACUUGGUUUGCUGUCUCCUGGCGUCUAACAAUGCAGACCGAGCCGCAAAAGUUUGAAAUGUUAUCUGUGCGUACGGAUCAGAAGGCGAGGGGUCUCCGGAAUGACUGCAGCUUGGUUUGAGCUCAAAGUGUUGGCAUCUCUGUGGAAAAAAAAAAACCUUUUAACAGUCAGUGGGAGAUACUAUCAUCCACGAGAUUAUUUUGUCUUCCUUUCUUGAUUUUGCGAGAACUCUGAGGGUCUGCAACUGGAAUAUCAAUUAGGAUUGACUAUAUCAUUCUGAAGAUUUUUUAAUUCAGCGGCAUCUUAUUGGCGUUUUUGUUUUGAAAAACUCUUGGAUACUAACUUAUUGGUAACUUUUGGAGACAUUGGAUCUGAAUUACGCACGGGAUUUCUCUAACAAAUGAAAGCUUCCAAGGGGUUUUUUGCACCCUUAAUUGACCCUCUCGGCUCCUUGCAUCGCACCAAUCCCAGGCAUCGCUCCCCUUAUCAGGUGAGGUAACCACGGGGAGUGAAAGUUUUCCAGUUUCUUCCCCGAGGAUGUGGGGAGGAGGUUUCCCGACGUAUGUUACCGUGAUCGUGACUCUUGUCCUGGUCAUAAUCGACGUGAAGGCUAGCGGGGAGUACUGCCAUGGCUGGCACGACUCUCAGGGCGUGUGGAAAGAGGGUUUCCAGUGCCCGGAGAAGAUCGACGGAGACGACGCGAUCAUCUGUUGCGGGAAAUGCGAGCUGCGCUACUGCUGCUCCAGCACGGACGCACGACUGGACCAGGGGAGCUGCGACAACGACCGGCAGGCUCAGGAGCCCGGCACAGAGAGCAAGGAGAACAAGGACUCUGGUGCAGUGCCCAUCUAUGUGCCCUUCCUGAUCGUGGGCUCUGUGUUUGUAGCUUUCAUCCUGGUGGGCUCUGUGGUCGCUGUGUGCUGCUGUCGCUGCCUCCGGCCCAAACAGGAGCUGACAUCAGGAGGUGCGACAGGAGGUGGGGCUGGCAGUGGUCGCCUCUUGGAGACCAUCCCUAUGAUGGCCAGCGCAGGGACUUCCAGAGGCUCAUCCUCCCGCCAGUCCAGCACAGCAACCUCGUCCAGCUCUUCCGCCCCACCGGCUGCCCCACGCCCUGCUCCCCCUCCUCUCAUGCGGGCUCAGGCCUCCUGCUGCCUGCCCCCGGAUGCUAGCGUCUUUGUAAACAUGCCCACUAACUUCUCUGUGCUCAACUGUCAGCAGGCAACACAAAUCAUGCCUCACCAGGGACAGUUUCUGCACCCACAGUACAUCGGCUAUGCCCACCCUAUGGCCACUACCACGGCCUACUUGGACCCCACUCAGGGAGGAUACAGACCCCUCCAGUCCCCCUGCCCUCCUCCCACUGGUGGGUGCAGUGUAACCAGUGACCAUAAAUUCCCUCCUGUGACUGUAUGACGAGGGAUCGACGUGCAGACCACUCUGUUGUGAAGUUUAAACCUGUGAGGGCGGUGCCAGAGACCUUUUUUAAGGGACGCUGCUGGAGUGGGGAAGGAAAGCAGGAAAUCAGACUCACAUGAAGGACUCAUGAGGCAGCAGGGUCUGCCUUACUAUUGUGUGAUUUGUGUGUCUGUUUAUUGUCGGUAAUAUGAUCUCUUGGCAAGUUGCGAUGAGCUAAACUCAGCAUAUGAUGGAAUACAACAACAAAUUCUGUCUUGACUCAAAGACAAAACUGCAAAUUGGAUGGUGUAACAGCCCAUAUGGACGGCCAUGCAUGGCUCACUGCAGCCCACAUGACAAACAAGGACUGUGCGUGUGGGAUUCUGUGUAUGUUGAAAGAGAGCGAGGGAAAGAUUUGUUGGCUUGUACGAGCUGGAUUGAGUGAUGACUGAUUUUUUUAGCAGUAAACUGUAUGAAAAGUGGAUUUUUGAGCAAAAAAAAAAAUGAUGGCCACAUGCCGUGUUUGCUAUGUGCACAUCUGCACCUACAUACAGUGCAUGUUUGUUUAUGUAGAAAGUAUGAGGAGUGAAAGCAUGUGAAGAGAUGUUUGUACUGUAUGUAUGCGAGUUAGUGUGAAGUGUGGAUGGACAGGGCUGUGUGAGUAACAGUGAGGGAGUGUGUGUGUGUGUGUGUGUGUGUGUAAUGGGAAAUGCAGGUGGUGUGAUGUGAAAGGCAGUUGCAAUCUCCCUGCAGACCAUUUAAACUCUAAUGAAGUGAACACAGGACAUAGACUGUGACGCUCCACCCAUACACUACACCUCCAGCCCCCCUACUCUUGCCACCUAAAAAGAAAAAAAAAAAACACCCCCCCCC